AACCCCAAAACCCUAUGAUAAACCCUAAUCAACAAACCGGCAACUUCACCUUUAUAAAAACCUCUUUCAACCCCUUCUUCUUCUUCGUUCCGCCUGUUCUUCUCAACCUCAAUUCAAACACACACAUCUCUUAAUUACAUCCACCAGCAAUGGAAUUUUGGGGUGUUGAGGUUAAACCUAAUGAGAGUCUUGUUGUUGAAGUUAAGGACUUCAAGCUUCUUCAUAUCUCUCAGGUUGCAUUGGGAGAGGUGAAGAAUGGGAAGAAGGUGGAGAACAUCCCUGUGAAAAUCAACAUCAACGAAAAGAAAUUUGUCGUCGGUACGCUGUCGUCUGAGCGUGCACCUCAAAUCAUAUUUGAUUUGGUGUUUGAACAAGAUUUGGAGCUUUCUCAUGGAUGGAAAGAUGGAAGUGUUUACUUUUGUGGAUAUAUCGCAGAUAAUCCGAUCGAUGACGAGGGUGAUGAUGCUUAUGAUUUUGAUACCUCAGAUGAAGAAGAAGCAUUGAACUUGAACGCUCCUAAUGGUAUAACAAAGCCAAAGGCACCAGCGAAUAUAGCAACCGUACAAGAAGAAUCCGAAGAUGAUUCUUCUGAUGACUCCGAUGAAGAUGACUCAGAAGAUGAUUCUGAUGAAUCUAUGGAAGAAGAUGAAUCUGAAGAGGAAAAGGAAGUGAAGCCUGUUAAAAAACCCGCUGAAUCUGCACCCAAGUCACCUGCUUCUGCUAAGAAAGGAAAACCAAACACUCCACAAAAUGCUAAAUCGAACACUCCUCAAAAAUCAGGGGGAAAGAAAGGUGGUCAAGCAGUAACGCCACAAGCGAAUUCAAAACCGAGCAUGAAGAAGGGCAAGAAAGGUGGCAACCGAUCAUAGAUUUAAGUUGUUUUGGUGAUGGGUUUGGGGGUAUACUAAGUUUGGUGUUGGCCAGUUUUGAUUUAUAUCUUUUGAAAUGAUUAUGUAAUUUUUUGGUUUGACAAGAUCAUUGAAACAUUGUUUUCUAGGGAAAGUUCUAUUCAUGUGUUUAAACUUUAAAUCGUUAA